GCCCUCUAUCAUUCUCUGGACUGAGUCUCUGAGUUCAGUCUGCUCCCUGGACAGUGGAACCUCCAGCUUAUCCCACUAUGGGUUUCACCCUACUCUUGCUCUUUCUCCUGGGUAUGACAGGUUGCGUUGUCAAAGGUGCUCCCGAAACACUACAAGCCGUUGCUGGUGGUUCAAUAUCCCUGCUGUGCCACUAUGACCUAGAGGAUGCUCGGGCCCGGAAGGUGUGGUGUCAGUUUUUGUCCACAGAAUGCCAACCCCUUGUCACCUCAGUUGUGGACAGGAGGACCCCAAGCAGUGAAAAGGUCCACCUCACUGACCUGGGUGAGGGCCUACUCGAAGUAGUGAUGGAUGAUGUGCAGCUGGAGGAUGCUGGCGAAUAUGGCUGCAUGGUGGAGACAACCACAGGGCUCCGGGCCCUGGGCAUGUUCAUUCUGAAAGUAUCCCCUCCAGUGUCAAGGCAGGAUAAGGAGAACAAAGAAGACUACUGGGAAGAAACUUUGACUUUUGCUCCUAUGGAACACCCUGUAGUCAGCCCAAGCUUCAUCCCCGUGGAACCCAACCAAGAAGACUGGAGCAUUCCUCUGGUCUGGGGCUCUGUGCUCCUCCUGAGCCUGCUACUCAUGGCUGCUGUGGUAUUGGCUGUGAUCGUUGGAAGGAUGGGGGGCAAGCUGGACAUUUGUGGGAGAUCCCAAAGCAGUGAAGCUUCAGCCUUGGAUACCAGGACAUCUGCUGAAGAGCCAUCAAGUAUGCCUUAUGUCAAACUGGAGACCCCACCCUCCUUAGAUGACACUACCUAUACCAACCCGCCUUUAGGUCCCCCAACAGGAAAGCCACCACCUCCACCUCCCCCAACUACAUCGGAACCCCAGGUCCAUUUCAGCUCUAAGCCUGUCACAUAUGCGACUGUUGUUUUCCCCCCAGGGGCUGAGGGUGGAGAGGCCCCCACUCAACCUGCUCAGGAGCAAACUGACCUCCAGAACCCACCAAUCUAAUUCAUUAACUACCCUGACUCUACCAUGAAAGUAUGUACAUAGGAGUAUCAUUCCUGUGAUCUGGCUCUGUCCACCUCAUAUCAUAGAACCAAAGAAUAUUUAGACUUUAGAGAUCUUGCCUCCCUGUUAGAAUGUAAGCUCCCUGAGGGGAGGCCAUGUCUUUGUACUCCCAGGCCCUAGUACAAUGCCUGGCGUA